UGGCGCUGUUAUCUCUGGCCUUGUUGAUCUCUGUUUGUCUCAAUGUCUUCUUCUGGAUCAGACAAAGAUCCACUUUGUGCAAAGACACGGACGAGUGCUGCUUCAGAAAUAUGAAUACAGGAGCAAGCCCCUCACAGGAUGAAGGGCAUUAUUUUCAUGAACACAAUCACGAAGAGCUGCAGGAAAAUCCAAUCUACGGCAACAUCAGCUCAGACAGAGGAGAUUCUGUCGAGGUUUGCUAUGAGACGAUGACCAUGGAACACGCAACAGAUCGCAUGAAGUCCACAGCGCCUGACCUGAAUUAUGCCUCAUUGGAUCUUAAGUUGGUAAAGAAACGCAUGAAGAAGAAUCGCCAUCAGCAAGGCCCCGCCCAGAGAAGAAGCAAACUUCCAGAGGAGCUGCCGGGCCACCUCACACCCACCCUGAAUACUUUCUUAGAGGUGGAAGCAGACAUGGAUGCUCACCUUCCUUCCAGAAACACCAGCACCAUGGUUUCACACAGCAGCAUCUACCUGAACAGUCAACAGAUAGCCCAGGAGACAGAGGAGCUGGAGAGGGACAGGGGUGUAAACAUGGAGAGGGAGAUCGUGGGUUGGGGGGGAAUAAGAAAGGGGCAAAGUAGAGAGUGGAAAGGAGACCAAUGCAAUGCUAAUGGGGUUUUAUGCACACAGCUUUCAGAAGGAGAGGCUAUUCAGAACAGCAGCUUUAGCAAUGAGAGUGAGCAUCAAGAUUAAGAUUCAAGUGUUUGAGCUACCUAAGAAAAGCUAACUGUCCAUUAUUGUGUCUGAAAGAAUGAAUGAAUGUUACCUUCAAUAUUUAACAAGCUUUUUGCGCAAUUUCCUCUUUGAUGUAAAUACAUUUGAACUCUCCAGAUUGAGCAACAGAGGAACACAAGGUGCUGCGGAGGUAAAAAAACUGAGAAUAAAGAAAGAAAUGAAACUCGGUGUGUGACAUUUAGAGGUCAAGGACCCAGUGGAAAAUGUAUGUUUUGAAAGACAAGGAAGACAUCGAAUCAUCACAGGACAUGGAAGAUCUUUCACUGUUUUGAUGUCUCAUAGCAGAUGUCUCAGAAAGGUGUGAAGGAAAAACAAUCUAACAUUUGUUUUCCACGCUGUAGGCGAUAUGACAAUAUACUCGCCUAUGCACACGUGAAUCAGCUUUUCAGUUAUAUUACCAUGGAUGAUACAAAUGAACAUGAAGAUUUGAUUAAAGGUUGGAAAGUAAAAAGCGGAAAGCGAUAAGUGAGAUAUUAAUAAUGUCACUGUAUUUUCCCUGUGGGCAUAUUGUAGGAAAUGUCACCCACAGAAGAUUUUCCACGUCAAAGUUACCAUUACGGUCAUUACUUUUAAGAUUGAUUGCACUCAAGAGCUAAUGCGCCAUCUGCUUAAAUGAUUAUUUCCCUCUCUUGGCAAGGAUAAUUUACUGCACUGCUUCCUGUUGAGGGAGCUGAGCUCUGAAGUGAACUCAGCAGUUAGAGGUCCGCAGUAUACUAACUGUUGGAUGACAGCUUUUCAAUAACUCACCACGGCCUCCUACACCUCUAUAGAUUCAUUUUUGGCUUCAUUAUUGCUGACAAAGCAGCAUAAAAAGUGAAAUAGCAAAGCAUUAUUCAUAUCUGCCUAAAAGUGUGUCAUAUACUUGACUUAUGCUU